UAGCGAUGUUGGUUAUCUUUGCGGUUUUUGCUUUAUUAAAUCUCCUCUACAUGGAAUCUCCAACAUGUACUCUCUCUGACGAUAAACCACCGUUCAAACCAAACGUUCCUCUACCCGGAACCACUGUCCCUAUGAGUACUAGUAGUAGCAGUGUCUCUGUUGUGGUCUCAGAUCAGCAAGAAAAAGAGGAGAUAGAUCCGUUGUUACCUCCUCCCAAAGCUACCAAGAGCGAGAGAAUCAGCUGGUUCAGGAGAAACCUGCCUGAGCUGGAGAUACUUAAGUCAACAACCAAGAGCAAGAGGUUCCACGGAAGAGUUUUAGAGCUGUACAACAACAACUGCUCAGCUCAGUUCUUUAUGGUUUGGCUAUCUCCAGCAAAGUCCUUUGGGCCAAGAGAGAUGUUAGCUGUUGAUACCCUAUUCACCACAAACCCUGCUGGUGCUUGCUUGGUGAUAUUAUCCAACUCCUUAGACUCACCAAGAGGAUACACCAUCCUUAAGCUCUUCCUUGACCAAGGCUUCAACCUCGUUGCUGUGACUUUAGACAUCCCGUUCUUAGUCAAGAACACUCCAGCAGAAGCUUGGUUGAAAAAGCUAAAGAGUGGUAAGAUGGAUCCUGGCUCCAUCCCUCUGUUCAUGCACCUCUCUGACUUAACGAGACUCGCCGUGCUCUACAAAUACGGAGGAGUCUAUCUAGACACAGACAUCAUCUUCCUCAACUCCGUGACUGGGCUGAGAAACGCAAUAGGUGCACAGAGUUUGGAUCCAGAAACUAAACGAUGGACAAGACUAAACAACGCGGUGAUGGUCUUUGACAUCUACCAUCCCCUCAUGCAUGAGUUCUUGCAAGAAUACUCCACAACUUUUGAUGGGAACAGAUGGGGAUACAACAGUCCUUACCUAGUCUCUAGAGUUAUCACUAGGUUAGGACACAAACCUGAGUACAACCUAACAAUCUUCCCACCGAAUGGUUUCUAUCCAGUGAACUGGCUUAAGAUCCCAAGGCUGUUCAAGAAACCCACAACGACAGGAGAAGUAAAAUGGGUAGAGAAGACGGUACAGGACAUGACAAAAGGAAGUUACAUGAUACAUCUGUGGAAUAAGGUUACAAGGAAGAUGAAGAUUGAAGAAGGAAGCGUCAUGCAUAAACUCAUCUCCACACACUGCACAGUCUGUGGAAACAUUACAGACUAUCACACUUGAAGAUUCAAACAGAGAGACAAAGAUUCACUCUUAUGUAAUAAAGUAGAGAUUCUCGCUAGUGUGAUUAUUGUUUUUUUUUUAUCUUUCAAUGUCUCUUAAUAAAACAAAGUUAAGAGUCAAUCACUCAUAUU